AUUUAUUUAAACCUACUUUAGAACAAUCUUUGGGUGCAACUAUCCAUUUUGGAAGAGUGAAGAUGAACCAGGGUAAACCAACUACUUUUGCGACUCUUCCAGGAACAUCUGACACAUCUGAAAAGUUAAUCUUUGGAUUACCUGGAAAUCCAGCUUCUGCUACUGUUACUUUUUAUUUGUUUGUAUUACCUGCACUUCGAAAAUUAGCUGGUUAUGAAAAUUGGAAUUUGCCUAUUUUACAAGCAGAGUUAACGGACAAAAUAUCACUUGAUCCGCGUCCUGAAUAUCAUCGAGCAGUGAUUUCUUUCGAUCAUUCGAAAGGAAAAUUUAUGGCAAUUUCCACAGGAUAUCAAAUUAGUAGCCGCAUUCUCAGUUUGAGAAGUUGUAAUGCUUUGUUAAAGUUACCCGAAAGAACUGAUUUAUGUAAAGAAUUAGACAAAGGAUCUACUGGUGGUGCGCUUAUUAGAACUGUUCGUUUUCAAACUUUUCGUGAACGUGAAGGUAGACUCAAAGCAGCAUAUAAUUUGGAAUUGACGCUUGGUGGUGAUGGCACAUUAACUGGUGCUGAUAUUCUGAGAUCUGAAUGGCCUGAUUUGACGAAUGAAAUUUAUUCAAACUGGAAAGUUAACCGCAGAAGAUGUCGCCCCACACGCGACACUUGUUCAAUCGAAAAUGAUAUGGCAUCUGAUGUUACCAUUGGUGCCGUAACUUCACUACAUCGUAUUUGCGAAGCUGUUGAUAGCAUUUCUUCUACAGCUUUUAGCCAUUCCCAUGCCUUUGUCAUUGAAGUGAUGGGAAGACACUGUGGAUGGUUGGCAUUAAUGGCUGCUAUUAGGUAG